AUGAGCAAAGAAACGGUGGCGUCAGAGCAUUUGGAAGUAGGGGAGAAACAGGUCCAUGAGUGUAGUUUCUUUGAGGGGAAGUCAGGUCUAAUAAGGACACGACAAAACGAAUUCCUCAUUUCACCGUUACCUCAGCUGCUGGCCCAGGAACAUAACUACAGCGCACCUGCCGGACACCAUCCUCACAUACUGUACAAAAGGACAGCUGAGGAGAAGGUCCAGCAUUGCCAUGACUACCCAGGCUCCAGCAGGCAUUAUCCCGGGCACUCCCCAACUCAUACUCCCCAUGCGUCUCGGAGUCAAGAAAGAGAGCAUCACCACCCAAGGUUGCAAAAGCAGCAUUUUUGUGGACGACGCAAGAAAUAUGCCCCUAAGCCUCCCACGGAGGAUACCUAUCUCAGGUUUGAUGAGUAUGGGAGUGCAGGGCGACCCAGAAGAUCAGCUGGAAAAUCACAAAAGGGCCUAAAUGUGGAAACCCUUGUGGUAGCAGACAAGAAAAUGGUGGAAAAGCACGGCAAGGCAAAUGUCACCACGUACAUUCUCACGGUCAUGAACAUGGUUUCUAGCCUAUUUAAAGAUGGGACCAUUGGAAGUGACAUAAACAUUGUUGUGGUGAGCCUCAUUCUUCUGGAACAAGAACCUGGAGGAUUAUUGAUCAACCACCAUGCAGACCAGUCUCUGAAUAGUUUUUGUCAGUGGCAGUCUGCCCUCAUUGGAAAGAAUGGCAAGAGGCAUGACCACGCCAUCCUACUCACGGGAUUUGACAUUUGUUCCUGGAAGAAUGAACCAUGUGACACUCUAGGGUUUGCUCCCAUCAGUGGAAUGUGCAGUAAGUACCGAAGUUGUACCAUCAAUGAGGACACGGGGCUUGGCCUGGCCUUCACCAUCGCUCAUGAGUCAGGGCACAAUGUCUCUUAUGAGCAGAUUAUCUUCAGGGAAUUUGAAUCCUGGUAUGUGCACAGCCGCUUUCUUAGCAAGCAACACCCUUACCAGCUGCUUCUUUCCUUUCAGGACAUUUGCAAGUCUCUUUGGUGCCACCGAGUGGGUCACAGGUGUGAGACCAAGUUUAUGCCUGCAGCGGAAGGGACCGUUUGUGGCUUGAGUAUGUGGUGUCGGCAAGGCCAGUGUGUGAAGUUUGGGGAGCACGGCCCCCGGCCCGUCCACGGCCAGUGGUCCGCCUGGUCCAAGUGGUCAGAGUGUUCGCGAACCUGUGGUGGUGGAGUAAAGUAUCAAGAGAGACACUGCAAUAACCCCAAGCCUCAGUAUGGUGGCAAGUUCUGUCCAGGUUCAAGCCGUAUGUAUCAGCUGUGCAAUAUUAACCCUUGUAAUGAAAAUAGCUUGGAUUUCCGAGCCCAGCAGUGUGCAGAAUAUAACAGCAAACCUUUCCGUGGAUGGUUCUACCAGUGGAAGCCCUAUACCAAAGUGGAAGAGGCAGAUCGAUGUAAACUAUACUGCAAGGCUGAGAACUUUGAAUUUUUUUUCGCCAUGUCCAGCAAGGUGAAAGACGGGACUCCUUGCUCCCCAGACAAACACGACGUGUGUAUUGAUGGGAUUUGUGAACCAGUGGGAUGCGAUCAUGAACUUGGCUCUAAAGCAGUUUUGGAUGCGUGUGGUGUUUGCAAAGGGGAUAAUUCGACUUGCAAGUUUUAUAAAGGCCUAUACCUCAACCAGCAUAAAGCCAACGAAUAUUAUCCAGUAGUCACCAUUCCAGCGGGGGCCCGAAGCAUCGAGAUCCAGGAGCUGCAGCUCUCCUCCAGUUACCUUGCGGUCAGAAGCCUGGAGCAGAAGUAUUACCUCACGGGGGGCUGGAGCAUCGACUGGCCUGGGGAGUUCCCCUUUGCUGGGACUGUGUUUGAAUACCAGCGGUCCUUCAACCACCCAGAACGGCUGUAUGCACCAGGACCCACCAACGAGACACUGGUCUUUGAAGUCCUGAUGCAAGGCAAAAAUCCGGGGAUAGCUUGGAAGUAUGCACUUCCCAAGGUCACGAAUGGAACUCAGCCAGCCUCAAAAAGGCAUAGCCAUGCCUGGACCACAGUGCAGUCUCCGUGCUCUCUCUCUUGUGGUGCAGGUUACAUAAGUGUAAAGGCCAUUUGCUUACGAGAUCAAAACACUCAAGUCAGCUCUUCGUUCUGCAAUGCAAGAACCAAGCCAGCAACUGCACCCAAAAUAUGCAAUGCUUUCCCCUGCCCUGCUUACUGGAAGCCAGGCGAAUGGAGUGUGUGCAGCCGGUCGUGUGCGGGGGGCCAGCAGAGCAGGAAGAUCCAGUGUGUCCAGAAGAAGCCCUUCCAGAAGGAGGAAGCCGUGUUGCAUUCUCUCUGCCCAGUGAGCACGCCCACACAGGUGCAAGCCUGCAACAGCCAUGCCUGCCCACCGGAAUGGAGCCUUGGACCCUGGUCUCAGUGUUCCAAGAGCUGUGGGCGAGGGGUGAGGAAGCGUGAAGUCCUAUGCCAAAGCUCCCCCACGGCAGAGAAUGUCCCGGAGACCCUGUGCUCCAGCAUCCCGAGGCCCGAGUCCCAGGAGGGCUGUGUGCUAGGACGAUGCCCCAGGAACACCCGGCUGCAGUGGGUUGUGUCUUCGUGGAGUGAGUGUUCGAUGACCUGCGGUUUGGGUGUGAGGAAGAGGGAGAUGAAAUGCAGCGAGAAGCCCUUCCAGGGAAAGCUCAUCACUUUCCCAGAGCGAAGGUGCCGCAAUAUUAAGAAACCAAACCUGGAGUUGGAAGAAACCUGCCAGCGAGGGGCUUGUCCCGCCCGAACGGGCUUGGGCGUGGAAGCGGGAUGGUAUCCAUCACCAUGGCAACAGUGCACGGUGACCUGCGGAGGGGGUGUCCAGACCCGCUCAGUCCACUGUGUUCAGCAGGGCCGGCCUUCCUCAAGCUGUCUGCUCCAUCAGAAACCUCCAGUGCUGCGAGCCUGUAAUACAAACUUCUGUCCAGCUCCUGAAAAGAGAGAAGAUCCAUCCUGUGUAGAUUUCUUCAGCUGGUGUCACCUAGUUCCUCAACAUGGUGUCUGCAACCACAAAUUUUAUGGUCAACAGUGCUGCAAGUCAUGCACGAGAAAGAGCUGAUCUAGACACCCUCCCCAACACCCGAGGGCCAGGCUGUUCCCUCUCGCCUCUGGAGAGACCAGCGACGAUUCACACUGAAAGCUUAACCCUGCAGACCAGCCAUGCACUGCAGCAGAAUCUGUGGGGCUGGCUCUCGAGGACAGACAGGCUCCCUUAUCCACUUCCCCAAAGCACAUGGUACUCUGAAGCACUUGAAAACGGGAAGCGAGCACAAAAUGGACUUCCAAAAGACAAGAUAACUUUGAUUUGCACUGUUACAAUGAAAGAAGUGAUGAAUCACACUGACAGAUGUCACGUUUUCAUUUUGACAAAGUGAGAAUCUGGUCAAUGUUGGGAGAGACUCUCCCUUUGAACUUCAAGGGUUCCAUGGCAAAGACUCUGUGUCGAAAAGGUCCUUGAAGACUUCGGGUCAAAGACGGAGCCUUGGAGCCAUCAAAUGUGGAUGGAACCCAUUGCCUGACCGUUACUUGGAGCUCCCAGUGUGCCUGACACUGUGGACAGCCCAGAGUAGCAGUUACCCAGGAAGCCAAAUGGUGCUUAUAACUGUGCUUGCUGCUGGACUAGCAAGCUUCAUGUUAUGUUUAUCUAGUGUGCGUGUGUUGUUUUUAUUAUUUUGUUUAGAGUAUAUUCCGCUUCUGGAGAGUCUCCAAGACUAAAAUUCACAACUUGAAAAGUAUUCCGAGGAAUAUUCUGAAAACAGGGCAACAUGGACUAUUUGAGAUCUGCAUUUAAUUGAAACUCAGACUCCAAAAAAAAGCCCACAAACUCACAUAAAAGGCAAAUGUUGAUGUCCUACACGGUAUAUCAACCUCGUAACUUUUGGUGCUAGCUAAACAAGUCCACGGGAGCCUCUAGUCUGCUCUUUGGGAGUCAGAAUUGGUAAAAUGUUCAUUUGUGGUAAAAAAUCCAGGAGGAGCUAAAUAGCAAAAUAGCAGUGUUUUGAAGGAGAGUAGACCAUCAUUUAUAAGGCUCCCUACAUAUUGUCAGAGCUGCUUGGAAAAUUAAAGACCACUUGUGGUUUUUUCCUACCAACUGUCAUGUUUAAAUUUUCCCUAAGAUUUAGUUAACAAGAAAAAAAGAGUGGCAAUAGAAAAACCCAUCUUGCUAAGUUAAUAUUAAUAUAUCAUAAUAAGCCAAGAUCCUUCGAUGAAUAAGAAUAUUUUAUAAUCUUUCAGAUAUUUUCAGUCAUCACAAGCCAGCUGUUGAUAGGCACUAAUGAGCUUAAAAUUGUUCUCAAUUGGAAAAUACCACACUAUUUUGCCAAAACCAGAGUAACUUACAAGACUGAGUCCCUCUGUAAUUUUUUGAGAUGUGGUUAAAAAGGGCAUAUUUAUAUAAUUCUACUCUAUUUCUCAAUUCCUUUGAUGAAUGUAACCCAAUUUUACUGCUUUAUAAAGUCUCAAUUCAAACAGGGAUUUGCCAGCUCAGCACAACCAACUAGACAGUGGUUUGUUAAAUUUAGAGCAUCCUUUGUUCCCAUUCUAAUUAAAAUCAUGUGUUCUUGAAUCUCAGAGAAAUAAUUAGAAUAGUCUCUCAAUCCACUUGGCUUGGCCUAGAGUAGUGGCCAUUUUAUAUCAGAAACACAGCUCCACAUCACCCACCUCUCUGCCCUCUGAAAAAUUGCAAGUUAUUUGUUUCUUUAUAUAAUGAUCAUUUUAUUAUUUUAUGGAAAAAUUAAUUUAUUAAUAGCCUAUUCUUAUGUGUUCUCACUUGCUUCUGUAAGUGAUAUUAAUUCUGAGGAAAAAUCUUGAAUAAAACAAUGGG